CAGUACUCAACUAGCGCUCAGUAGAAACAGUUUCACCAGCUCUAGCUAAACCUCACUAACCAACAAAAUGAUCAAGAUUGCUCUGAUUCUCGCCCUGGCCGUUGCUGUGUUUGGAUAUGGUCAUGAACAUCACGACUAUCAUUCGCAUCCCAGCUAUAAGUUCGAGUAUGGCGUAAAGGAUCCUCACACCGGAGACCACAAGAGCCAGUGGGAACAUCGGGACGGAGAUGUCGUCAAGGGAGCGUACACUCUAGAUGAAGCUGAUGGAACCAAGCGAGUGGUUGAGUACUCGUCCGACAAGCACAACGGUUUCCAGGCUCACGUCAAGCGAGUGGGUCAUGCUGACCAUCCGGCUGUCUAUGGACACCAUGAGGCUGGACAUUCGUACAGCCAUGGACACGCCAGCAGCUACGCUAAGCUCAACCAACAUCACUGAGGAAUCAGAGCAUUGUGAUCUAUAUUCAUCAUCUUUAACUGUCACUGUGAUCUUAUCUGUGUAAAUACAUUUCAUUUCAUCAAUUC